ACGCAAGAAUAGGGACAGGUGAAAGAACACGCAGUUUGGUAGGAGAACGGUUCGAGUGGAGUCUAGGCGACAAAGGACGCAGCAGCAGUAUAUACAGAUAGAGAUAUAAUAACGAGAUAGAUUGAAAGCAGGCAGAGUCAUGUUACGUUUGGUGGGUGUGGUGGGCGUGCUCAUCCUGUGCUGUCUUGGAUACGUUGACGCAGGUGGUCAUGGCUGGCACCACCAUCAUGGAUGGUACGAGCCGAAGCUCACCGUGGUCGUGAAGAAGGUGCACAAGCCUUAUCCCGUGCCACACCCCGUACCCGUGCCGCACGUUAUUCAUGUACCGAAAAAAGUGCCAGUUUACAAGCCGGUGCCCGUACCUAAGCCUGUCCCAGUGCCCCAUAUUGUUCACCAAUUCUAUCCCGUGCACAAGGUAGUCCAUAUUCCCAAAGAGGUGCCAGUGCCUGUGAAGGUACCCGUCAAGAAGCCUUACCCUGUACCGCACAUCGUGAAGGUACCCAAACCUUAUAUUGUGCAUGUGCCUAAGCCCUACAUUGUGCACAAGCCCGUCCCAGUGCCUGUUGAAGUUAAGGUGCCAAAGCCCUACCCUGUGCACAUUCACAAGCAUGUGCCAGUGCCUGUCACCAAGCACAUUCCUGUCGAGGUACCAGUGGUCAAGGAGCACCCCGUUGUCAUCAAGAAGCCCGUCCCUAUCGUGCUCGAGUCGAAGGGCUGGCACAAGAAGGCCGCCGCCUCUGCUGCCAAGGCUGCUGCCGCCGCCUAAACGGGCGGGCUAAAGGUCCCAAAUGUCAUACGUCUAAUAAGCCCAAAUCGCACGCGCACUCGACAACCCUAGGAUAUUGUUGCGCACGCACUACCUCUGGUGGCCAUGACGGUGGCAAUCGAAGUCAGAAAGGUGGCGAUGAUGAUUUUGGUAACGACGAGGAGUUCGUUUCGAUUUCGCUGGGCUCUCUUCGACUUUCGCCUGCCCGCCCGAAAGUGUCACCUAACCUUGUUUGACCAGCUCCUCUUCCUGGUCGCCGUGUCCGCUUGCGCUGAGCGCACCUGUAGAUACUUCCAAAGAGGUCGUCCAUUUGCUCUCCUCUGGACGGCACCAACACCGUGUACAUACAAAUAAUAAUAAUGAUGACGGUAAUAAUUAUAAUAAUACGAAAAGAAAAAACUCUACUACGAAGCAGACAGUCCCGUCCCUGUAUAUAAAAGUGCCUGUUGUGUUGAAAAUAAAUGUAGCAUAGCAAAAAAAAAUCCUAACCGGUGUCGUCGCUAUCUUGGAGAAACAUCUCACAACGUGAAAAUAGCAACCUGUGAUUAAUAACCCAACAAGAGCAACAACAAAUGAGAGAAUGAAACUUGGCUGCUACUCCUACCAUAACUAGUGCUGCUAACAGCAGUUCCGUCGUACAGAAAUGCGCUUGUGUAAUUAAAACAGGUGGUCAUAGUGUCAUCUGUUGACCGAUACGUAGAAAUCUUCGGGUAUUUAACCCAAAAGUUUAGAUGUGAUUUUAGCAAAAAAAAACCUACGAAAGUGGUCGUUAACGAAACGACAGCGAACCUUUUGUCACGAUGUUUGCUUUUAAUGAAAGUGCAGUCGCGUACAAACUUCGAAAGUUUAGAUUGCCAAACUUUCGAAAUUUGUAUGCCCAACUAACUUCGUUAGUGACCCUCGAAAAAAUUUAAAGAACUGGAAUUAUAAUUAGUGCGCACCCGAGACUUUCUUCUGACCCAGAAGAAAGCCGAAACCGCACGCAAAGAUCAGAUGUAAACAAAAAUCUGCCACACGUGUAGGAUGGUCUCCGUGACAAUUAUUUUAUUUAUACUAGUAGAAGUAGGCAUUGCGGCUGGUGUGAGCUUCACCAGCAAUGAUCUUAACGAAAACGCAGAGAAGUUCGUAGAUAUUGUCUUUAUGUGAAUGAAAAAGAGCUAGAGCUUACCCCGUAAGCGUCGAUGCUAGAAAUGAGAAGUA